AUGGCUGAAGAAACAAGUAACCCACCAGCCAGCAAGAACGAGGACCCCCAACCACAAGCCACCAAAGAAGGAGGCUACAACCUCACCCCUGUCGAUGGACAGAAUCAUAAUGACUUUGUCUGUCAGCAGUGCUCCCUACUCUUCAGAGAACCUUACCAGGUCACAUGCUGUGGAUUGAUCAUGUGCAAAACAUGCCUACACAAGCUAAGAGUCAGUGAAAAGGACUUCCUUUGUCCAUUGUGCGAGUCGAACUUGAAUAGGAAUUAUUUUAAGGACACUCACAACGAGAAGAAGGUUCUAGAGCUAAGAGUGUAUUGCCAGUAUCAGGAGAGAGGCUGUGAGUGGAGAGGGAAAGUGAGAGACGUAGAUGGACACAUGUCAGCCUGCAAGCAUCAGUUGGUGGAGUGUCCUAAUGGCUGUACUGAGAUAGUAUAUCCACAUACUUUAGAUGGACACAUAAAUGAUACAUGCCCACACAGAGAAGCAAUAUGUCAGUACUGCUCAUUGAGAGACAGGCACAAUAUAAUCACAGGGAGCAGACACAUUGAUGAAUGUCCAGAAAUACCAGUACCAUGUCACAAUAAAGAAUGCCAAGAGAUAGUGAUACGUAGAGAAAUGAGUGUACACGUUGAGGAGUGCCCAAAAGAAAUGGUCCCGUGCACGUACUCAGCAGCUGGCUGCAGAAAGAAAAUCCCUCGGGAGAAAAUAACUCACCACAAUCAAUCAGAAAUGGUAUCACAUCUCGAUCUAGCCAUGACACAAGUACAAUCACUCCAGACUGACAUUGAAGAACUAACUUUUAAAAUACACCAGCUGGACACACAACAGGAGGAGCUAUGGGCCCGGCCAAUAUCCAACACGACGCAAAAACUAGUCCUAAGACUAAGCCCUUACAGCGCCUACAAGAACAGCAAGAAAAUGUGGCAGAGCACUCCAUUCCGAUCCCACCAACCAGAAGGUUAUAAAAUGCAACUAAGUGUAGCCUGUCACGGAAUUGGGAGACACGAGGACACUCACAUCUCGUGCUAUAUAUGCCUGAUGAAGGGUAGCCAUGACGAGCUGUUGGACUGGCCUUUCGAAGGAGAAGUGACAAUAGAACUACUGAAUCAAAUCAGAGACAAGAGUCAUGCCAAACAGGUGCUCAAGUUCAACGGAGACACGCCCAUGAAAUAUCGGCAGAGAGUGGUAGACGUGAUGAAUGGGACAGGUUGGGGUAAGUCUGGUUUCCUCUCCCAGUCUGAGCUCACGUACAAUGGAAACACAGAGUAUCUUAAAGACGAUUCCCUUUACUUUAGAAUAAGCAUUAGCACUACCUCGAAGAUCAAGCCGUGGCUUUUAGGAACUAAAUAA